AGAAAGGAGGAGAGAGAGAGUCAGACAUCACUCUGGUUCAUGUGCUGCUGGGGACUGAACUCAGGACCUCAUGCUUAAAAGUCCAGUGCUUUUUCCGCUGCGCCACCUCCUGGACCAUCUCAUGGAAGUUUUAUGAGCCAGCUAGGGAAGCCCGUUUCCCAGCCCUGGGACGGAAGCUGUGCAAAAUGAGAAUUCAGAAGUCAGCAAAGCCAGGCUCAACCCAGGCCCAGCCUCCAGGUCCUCCAGGCACUCACACCCUCUGUGCUCUGGGCCCCCAGUGGCCCCCUUCACACUCCGUUUCCCACGAACACUUUGGAAGAAAGUGUGUACAUGGGCUCCAGGCUUGUUAGAGCUCCCUGGGAUCCACACCUCCUUCCCUGCCUUUUAGGCAUCAGCAGCUUCCCAGGCUCCUCCCUCUGUUCUCAGGGGUGUACCCCUCUGGCUGCAAACCCCCCUGCCCAGAACGCUGAGUGACCGGCUCCACUCAGCAGGGUCAUCAGGAACUUGCCGGAGACCACCUUUGCUAGCCCUCCGGGAGUGAGCCUGUGAGCUCGGCAUUUUGUAGGCAAUGCUUGCGUCGUCUUCCUUAACAGGAGUUCUGGCCAGCCAUCCAAAGCUGGACAAGAAUCCGCGGGAGAGGAACCUCCCUCCACAAAUAAGCAGUUCAGCAGUCAGUGUCCAGCACCCCGGCUGAGAGCGGAGCUUCGAGCGCUAUCUCUGGUGCCCCCUGCUGGAGAAAGCUGGGUGCAGGGAGACAGAACUCUUCCUCUCUUGGGUAAGCGGACUGCAGCUGUACGCCUGGAUUGUGGCAUCUGAAGCUUGAGAUGAAGUCACAUCAAAGGAAACCUGGAGGGUCUGGGAGGAGUCAUCAGAUAUGAAGUCCAGUGGACCUUGAAGACCACCUUGUAAAGGGCUGCCUCUGCUCUGCUCCCCGAGGAAGCCUAUGGAAGGGCCUUGCUCAGGACCAGGCAGAGGUCUGGAACUCAGGCCCUCCGCACCAGCACAGUCUCCAUCCGACGCCCCUCAGAACCCUCCUUGGCUUCCCUUGGGUCUGGGAGACCGCACAGAGCGAAGGGAGCGGAGGAGCUGGUCGCUGGUCGUGCUGUUGCCUCAGCUGUGCAUCCCGCCCUGGCACCUCAUGUCAUUGCAGUGAGAAGUCAGGUGUGAACAACGGAGUAUGAUGGAGAUGUCACAGGACCUCCCAGGCCCUCCACUGACGCUGCCUGCUCUCAGCUGUCGCCAGGGGCCAGUUAGGAUGAGUGUUUGUCUCUGGGUGCUUGCGUCUGUGCGUGUGUGCAUGCGUGUGUGAAUGUGCACUUAAAAGACAGGGAGCUGGGAGACAGCCUGGCUCUGGGGGCCAGACUCGCCUGCUUCCCCUCCUGGGUCUGCUGGCCUAAUUCCCAGCUGCAGCUGCCAUUACACACACACACACACACACACACACACACACACACACACACACACCGCCACCCCCCAGGCAAUCUCUGCAGAUUUGGCUGCGGGAGAGGAGGGGCCUGAUGGAAGGGGGAAAGGAGCAGCAGAGAGAGGACUCAGCUCUAAUCUGAUGUAGAUGAGCCUGCUCCCGAUCCACUGCCCUCUGCCACAUCAGCUCUCUGGGUGGUUUUUCCCUGUGUCCUGCACUCUCCCCUUCUGCCUUUAUCUCCUUAAGAAAGUGCCCAGAAAGUUAAACCCACAAACACAAACCAAAAAAAACCAGAAGCAGGCAGCCGAGUAAGAGAGCACGCGCAAGAGAGAGGAGAGAGGGCUCAGAUCAGACCUGGAGGAAGAGCCGCACAGGCAGAGGGCAGAGGGAGCCGGGCUGGCGGUGACCUAGACUGCGCUCUCUCAGCCCCCAAGGAGCCUCCUUCAUGGACCCGGGGAUCUCGAGAGGGGCUGCCUCAGCUUAGGAUGGGCAACUGUGUCAAGUCUCCACUGAGAAAUCUCUCCAGGAAGAUGUGCCAGGACGAGAAGAGCAGCUACACGGCGGUGCAGACGGCCGAGGGGGGGCUGGCGGUCAGCGGGGAGCUGCCCGGGCCCCUUCUGGCACUGGCCCAGAACUGCGCCGUCAUGCACAACCUCCUGGGCCCGGCCUGCAUCUUCCUGCGCAAGGGCUUCGCUGAGAGCCGCCAGCCUGACAGAUCACUGCGGCCAGAGGAGAUUGAAGAGCUCCGAGAGGCCUUCCGAGAAUUCGACAAGGACAAGGAUGGCUACAUCAAUUGCCGGGACCUGGGGAACUGCAUGCGCACCAUGGGCUACAUGCCCACAGAGAUGGAGCUCAUCGAGUUGUCCCAGCAGAUCAACAUGAACCUGGGUGGCCAUGUGGAUUUUGAUGACUUCGUAGAGUUAAUGGGACCUAAACUCCUGGAAGAGACAGCAGAUAUGAUUGGAGUGAAGGAACUCCGAGAUGCUUUCCGAGAGUUUGACACCAAUGGUGAUGGGGAGAUAAGUACCAGUGAGCUUCGAGAGGCCAUGAGGAAACUCCUGGGCCAUCAGGUGGGACACCGAGACAUAGAGGAAAUCAUCCGAGACGUGGACCUCAAUGGGGACGGGAGAGUGGACUUUGAAGAGUUUGUACGGAUGAUGUCCCGCUGAGGCCACGAGGGCCCCUCCAGGACCGCCAAGCUCCCUCGGGUGGGCAGCAGAGGAGCUGGAGCUCGCCUCACCUGUCAGAGCCGCCGAGAGCCAGGAUGUAUUGGCGGAGGGGGCCUGCCUGCACCCAGGGAGGUGCUCACCCUGGACCCCCACCCCUCCGCACUGUGAAAGACUCAACUCCUGCAACUGGAAAGGGGGGUGCCCACAGACAAGGAGGCCACUGUGCCAAGCUGGCCAGAAGUCAUGCCAGGCACCAAGUGCCAUGGACCCAGCCGCCACUGGUUGGGUGGGCCAGGGAGCCCGCCAGCAGACCCCACACAGCAUGUCCGCCUGGGGCCAAGCCUCCCGCUGCCCUCCUCAGCUCUGUGCCCGUCCCAGCUUGCCUCAAACCUGUUAUCUCAGAACCAAUAAAAAGAUUUCCAAGGGAGA